AUUUCUUCUUUCCACUUUUGGGGCUGUUUUCCUAUGUCUAUUUCAUAGGACUCAAAUCUGAAAUGAGGAAUCAGUCAAGAGAGAUGGAGUUCAUUCUCCUAGGACUGACCGAUGACCCACAACUGCAAAUUGUGAUUUUUGUAUUUCUCUUUCUAAAUUAUGUGUUGAGUGUAAUGGGGAACUUAUCCAUCAUCCUUCUUACCUUGCUAGAUCCCCGCCUCAAGACUCCCAUGUAUUUUUUCCUCCGAAAUUUCUCCUUCUUGGAAGCUUCAUUGACAACAGUCUGUAUUCCCAGAUUCCUGAUAAGCAUUGUGACUAAAAACAAAACAAUAUCCUAUGAUAGUUGUGCAUCUCAGUUAUUCUUUUUCCUCUUAUUAGAAAUUACAGAAUUUUACCUACUGGCUGCCAUGUCUUUUGACCGUUAUGUAGCAAUCUGCAAACCCCUACAUUAUCCAGUGAUUAUGAACAACAAAGUGUGUUACCAACUUCUAUUCAGUUCAUGGACAUCAGGCUUUCUAUUUACAUUUCCACCAUUGGCCUUGGGACUGACACUGGAAUUCUGUGCUUCCAGAGUAAUUGAUCAUUUCAUGUGUGACAUUUCCCCUGUGCUGCAGCUUUCUUGCACUGACACUCAUUUCCUGGAAUUAUUUUCAUUUGUCUUAGCUAUUUUAACACUCCUAGUCACAUUGCUGUUAGUGACUCUUUCUUACACAUAUAUUAUCAAGACCAUUCUAAAAAUCCCCUCUGCUCAGAAAAGAACAAAGGCUUUUUCUACUUGUUCUUCUCAUAUAAUUGUGGUCUCCCUUACUUAUGGUAGCUGUAUCUUUAAUUACAUAAAACCAACAGCAAAGGAAAGGGUAACUUUAUCCAAAGGUGUAACUGUUAUCUAUACCUCAGUUGCCCCUUUAUUAAACCCUUUCAUUUACACUCUAAGAAACCAGCAAGUGAAACAAGCCUUCAAAGAUAUACUCCAAAAGACUUUCUCUUUUUUCAAAAAAUGAAAAGAAACUUUAAUUUUUAAAUCUUGGAGAAAAAAGUAAAUAGAAAUGUUUACUCAUUUCAUAAGUUAACUUAAUCUGCCCUUCAAUUAGUUAACCUGAUAAUAUUUUAGACAGAGCUUUCAGCACAAUACAUCUAUCCUUUCCUGUUUCUCUUUAUGAUUAGCAUUCCUUUCUGUGCCUCAGCAGGAGUCCUCUCUUUAGUUAACAACACAAAUGUCAAAUUUCAUUUACUUUACAAAACAUGGUACUGACCUUCUCAAAAAAAAAACGUAUUAGAUAUUCAUCA